AUGGCUGAUUAUCCCUUUACCGAUCGUGCAGCGAAGACAUUAUCCGAUGCUCACUCUCUGGCCCAAUCUUACGGACACCCUCAAUUGACGCCUGUUCACAUCGCUUCCGCUCUUUUGGCCGACCAAGGUUCAAAUGGUAGCCCUUCUCUGCUGCGUACCAUCAUUGAAAAGGCCGGAGGCGAUGGCCAAAAGUUUGAGCGUCUUGUGACAAGUCGACUCGUUACGCUUUCCCCUGAAUGCGCAAAGUUGCUUCGAAAUGCUCAUGAACUCCAAAAGACCCAAAAAGAUUCAUAUAUUGCACAGGAUCAUUUCAUUGCAGUGUUUAUUAAGGACGAUACACUGAAGAGCUUGAUUACCGAGGCUGGCGUCACGCCUAAGGCAUUCGAAUUCGCCGUCAACAAUGUUCGAGGAAACAAGCGUGUUGACUCCAAGAAUGCCGAAGAGGGCUUUGAUGCUCUGAACAAAUAUACCGUUGACUUGACUGAAUUGGCGCGGAAUGGCCAAUUGGAUCCUGUCAUCGGCCGUGAAGACGAGAUUCGUCGUACCAUUCGUGUGCUGUCUCGUCGUACUAAAAACAACCCCGUGCUUAUUGGUGAACCCGGUGUUGGUAAAACCUCCAUUGCUGAGGGCUUGGCCCGUCGUAUUAUUGAUGCCGAUGUCCCCGCUAACCUAGUCAAUUGCAAGCUUCUUAGCUUGGACGUCGGUAGCCUGGUCGCUGGCUCCAAAUACCGUGGUGAAUUCGAGGAGCGUAUCAAGUCUGUCCUUAAGGAAAUUGAGGAGAGCGAAACUCCUAUCAUCCUUUUCGUCGAUGAAAUGCACCUGCUUAUGGGAGCCGGUUCCGGCGGUGAGGGCGGAAUGGAUGCAGCAAACCUCUUGAAGCCUAUGCUUGCUCGUGGUAAGCUUCACUGUAUCGGUGCUACCACUUUGGGCGAGUAUAAAAAGUACAUUGAAAAGGAUGCCGCUUUUGAGCGUCGUUUCCAACAGAUUUUGGUGAAAGAACCUUCUGUCAACGACACAAUUUCCAUUCUGCGUGGACUUAAGGAGAAGUAUGAAGUUCAUCACGGUGUUACUAUUUCGGAUCGUGCCCUUGUUACUGCCGCUACCUUGGCAGCUCGUUAUUUGACACAACGUCGUUUGCCCGAUUCCGCCAUUGAUUUGGUCGAUGAAGCUGCAGCCGCUGUUCGUGUAACUCGCGAAUCACAGCCCGAAGUUUUGGAUAACCUUGAGCGUAAGCUUCGUCAACUGCGUGUUGAAAUUCAUGCUUUGGAACGCGAGAAGGAUGACGCUUCAAAGGAGCGUCUCAAGAUGGCCCGUCGCGAAGCUGAGCAAGUGGAAGAGGAGAUGCGUCCUAUCAAGGAGAAGUACGAACUUGAAAAGUCUCGUGGCUCUGAACUUCAAGACGCCAAGCGUCGUUUGGAUGAACUUAAAGCUAAAGCGAGCGACGCCGAACGUCGCAAUGACUUCACCCUUGCUGCAGAUUUGAAGUACUAUGGUAUUCCUGACCUUCAAAAGCGCAUUGAGUUCCUCGAGCAGCAAAAGAAACAGGCUGACGCAGAGGCGUUAGCCAAUGCUCAACCGGGAUCAGAGCCCCUGUUAACUGAUGUUGUUGGCCCUGACCAAAUUGCUGAAAUUGUAGCUCGUUGGACCGGUGUUCCUGUCACUCGUCUCAAGACUACCGAGAAGGAACGUCUUUUGCAUAUGGAAAAUGUUCUGUCUAAACAAGUCAUUGGACAGCGCGAGGCAGUUACUGCUGUUGCCAACGCUAUCCGUAUGUCGCGUGCUGGCUUAAAUGAUCCCAACCAGCCCAUUGCAUCUUUCCUGUUCUGUGGUCCUUCCGGAACAGGUAAGACUCUUUUGUCUAAGGCUCUUGCCAACUUCUUGUUUGACGAUGAGAAUGCGAUGAUCCGUAUCGAUAUGUCAGAAUACAUGGAGAAGCAUUCGGUGUCUCGUUUAAUUGGCGCUCCCCCAGGAUAUGUCGGACACGAGGAGGGUGGUCAAUUGACUGAACAAUUGCGUCGUCGUCCUUACUCCGUCAUCCUGUUUGAUGAAAUUGAAAAGGCUGCCCCCGAAGUGCUUACAGUUCUUCUGCAAGUUUUGGAUGAUGGUCGUAUUACCAGCGGCCAGGGUACUACCGUUGAUGCGAAGAACGCUGUGAUCAUCAUGACUUCCAACCUUGGUGCUGAAUAUUUGACUACCGACAGCGAAUCGGACAGCGGUAAAAUUGAUGCAUCUACUCGUGAGCUUGUCAUGGGUGCCAUCCGUGGUUUCUUCCGUCCUGAGUUCUUAAAUCGUAUCUCAUCCAUUGUUAUCUUCAACCGUUUGCGCCGGAAAGAUAUUCGCAACAUUGUUGACAACAGAAUUCGUGAGGUACAGAAGCGGCUUGAGGCUAAUCAUCGUAAAAUCGACAUCGAUGUUUCUCAGGACGCAAAGGAUCUCCUUGGAGCUGCUGGUUACUCUCCUGCCUAUGGUGCUCGUCCACUGAACCGUGUUAUCCAGAACCAAGUGUUGAACCCUCUUGCCAUGCUUAUUCUUAAUGGACAAGUACGUGACAAGGAGGCCGUUCAUGUUAACGCCAAGGAUGGCAAGGUAGUGGUUGUUCCAAAUCACGAGGCAUCUCCCGACCAAGGGCAAGACAUCGAUAUGGAUGAUGAAAUGAGCGAUUAUGGGGAGCCUGUUGAGUGA